AUGCGACCAAGUCUCUGCCUGUGUAGCAACAAGCAGAUAGCACCAACAUGUGGAGAUGGAGACUACAGAACUGGGCCAUGUUUCACUCAGAUUUCAAACAAUAUCUGUCGAGGACAGCUGACGGGGGUGGUCUGCACGAAGACUCUAUGCUGCUCAACCAUAGGAACAGCAUGGGGUCAACCGUGCGAACAGUGUCCAACCACCACUCAUCCAUGUCGCCGUGGAUACAUCCCCAACCCACAGACCAACACUUGUCAAGAUGUAAAUGAGUGCAGUGCCAUCCCGGGUCUCUGUGUUGGCGGCAACUGUGUGAACACUCUUGGUUCGUACCGAUGUGAGUGCAAAGAAGGACAAACUCAGAAUCCCAUAACUAAGGUCUGUGAAGAUAUCAAUGAGUGCAUCACGAUCCCAGGGAUCUGCCGGAAUGGACAGUGUACUAACACAGAGGGAAGUUUCUUCUGUACAUGUCGACCAGGCUUUCAGCCUAGUUCUGACAGGACUAAGUGUAUUGACGUGCAGCUUGGAAACUGUUUUACUUCGGUGGUCAACCUGAACUGUCAGAAUCGACUCCCUGACCGCAUGUCUCUACAGGACUGCUGCUGCUCCUUCGGAAAGGGGUGGGGAACAGGGAGCCAGUACUGCCAGCCCUGUCCCACCAAGAAUUCAGACUCAUACCAGAGCCUAUGUGGGGCAGAGCCACUGACCCGCCCCUUGAACGAAUGUCUUAUAUUUGAUAAGCUGUGUAGAAAUGGCCGCUGCAUAGAUACCCAAUUUUCAUAUCGCUGCGAAUGCAAUAAAGGCUAUCGUCAAGAUACAGAUGGAAGUUGUGUUGAUAUUGAUGAGUGCACACAGCAAGGUAUCUGUUCCAAUGGCCGCUGCGUGAACACCGAAGGCAGUUUCCGAUGUCAGUGUAACAAGGGUUUUGUUCUGCACUCUUCAGGAACACACUGCACAGACAUGAAUGAAUGUGCUGAAGCUGGUAUGUGCCCUAAUGGAGUUUGCUUCAACAUGGACGGUAGUUACAAAUGUCGAUGUAACCCAGGCUUCAAGCAGUCACCCAAUCAGCAAGUGUGUUACGAUAUCAAUGAAUGCACUGAGAACGGCAAGCUAUGUCAGAACGGAGUGUGUGUGAACACACCAGGCAGCUACCGCUGUGAGUGUCGUCCUGGCUACCAACUCUCACCAGAUGGAGCUUUCUGUCUCGAUUAUGAUGAGUGCAAGACUAGUGGAAUGUGCACCAAUGGAAUGUGUAUCAACAUGUUUGGCAGUUUUAAAUGUGUGUGUAAUCCAGGCUUUGUCCUCGCACCCAGUCGAGACGUUUGCAUUGACAUCAACGAGUGCACGGUGGAUCCUGGUAUCUGUGUGAAUGGGCAGUGUAUAAACAACCAGGGCAGUUUCCGGUGUGAGUGUCCCUACGGGUUCACCAUUGCACCCGACCGCAGAACGUGUAGGGACACAAGACGAGACAUGUGCUAUCCUGAAGUGCGUCGUGGGCGAUGUCUCAACCCGUACGCUGUUCUGGUCACCAAGUCCACGUGCUGCUGUGGCCUGACUGAUGCCAUGGCGUGGGGACACGAGUGUGAGCUGUGUCCGUCCAUGUCCGAGCCAGCAUUCAGAGAGCUUUGUGUGCACGGCAAGGGCACAGACCAUGAUGGAAAAGACAUCAACGAGUGUAAACUGAAGCCGGACCUGUGUGAGAACGGGGCGUGUGAGAAUCUGGACGGAUCCUACCGGUGUCUGUGUAAUCCAGGAUACCAGGUCGAUUCUACGGGCCGGAUCUGUACAGAUGUCAACGAGUGUCGGAUCAACCUGAUGCUCUGUGACGGAGGGCAGUGUCGUAACACACCAGGCAGCUACCAGUGUAUCUGUCCAUCUGGACUGCGCUUCAGCCACGUGUCACGGAUGUGUGAAGAUAUUAAUGAGUGUCUGGAGUCGCCAUGUGUGGGUGGUCAGUGUCUGAACACAGUUGCCAGUUUCCGCUGCGAGUGCGAUGUGGGCACAACCCUUGACUCCACAGGAAGAAUAUGUGUGGACAACCGUCGAGGUGCGUGCUGGCUGGAGAUCACCAAUGGUCAGUGUGAAAAGAACAUCAACUCGAUGACACUCAGGUCAGAAUGUUGUGGAUCCAUCGGCAAGGCGUGGGGCAGUCCAUGUGAACCGUGCCCAACAUCAAUGGAGUUGAAAUGCCCUCCUGGAUUUUCAUUUAAAAAUGGAGUGAACUGUGUUGAUGUCAACGAGUGUGAGGUGUUUCCCAACCUGUGUCGAGGCGGGGGUCAGUGUGUGAACACUCCCGGGUCCUUUAAAUGCACCUGUCCCACGAGUCUCUCUCUGGACCACACUGGAAGGAGAUGCAUUGACACUCGCAAGUCUGUGUGCUAUUUGACUUACAGUCACGGAUUCUGCAGUCAGCCUUUGAUGGGUCUUCAUAACCGACAGAUGUGUUGUUGUUCCAUUGGUGUGGCCUGGGACAGAACUUGUCAGAGGUGUCCCACACAAAAAUCAGAUGCCUAUCAAGAACUUUGUGCAAAUGGUGAUGGCAUGAACGGACAUCCAGGAAAACCAGAAGAUAUUGAUGAGUGCCACAUGUUUCCCGGCAUGUGUGUGAACGGGCGGUGCACCAACUCGAUGGGAAGUUUCACAUGUAAAUGUAAUGCUGGAUACGCUCUGGAUGAUACCCGUACUAACUGUACAGAUAUCAAUGAAUGUCGGAUUUCGUCUGUGAACAUCUGCGAACCAGGACGGUGUAUUAAUUUGGAGGGUGCAUUCCGGUGUGAAUGUCCUACUGGGUACGAAGGUGUCAUGAUGAACCAGAUGUGUAUGGACAUUGAUGAAUGUUCCAGCCAGCCAGUGAUGUGUCGUGGAGGGACGUGUGUAAACACCGCGGGCUCGUACCACUGCCAGUGUCCAGACGGACACGAACUCGGACUAGACAACACAUGCAAAGAUAUUGACGAGUGUGGUGCGGUCAGCAGUAUUUGCUCAAACGGUCAUUGUGAGAACUUCAUGGGAGGCUAUCAGUGUAUCUGCCAUGAGGGCUACCAUCCCAACCCACUGAAGACAACUUGUAUAGAUAUUGACGAAUGCCAGAGUCGUCGCGGUGGCUGUAUGGGUUUGUGCGUAAACACCCCGGGAAGCUUCACCUGCGGCUGUGAACGAGGAUACCUGCUCAAAGUAGAUGGCAAGACCUGUGUCGAUGUUGAUGAAUGCAAAGAAAGGCCCGAUAUUUGCGAGGGUGGCAGGUGUUACAACUUACCUGGUUCAUACCGCUGUAGAUGUGUUGGUGGUCUGACCACUUCACCUGAUCAAAAACACUGCCUGGAUAUUGAUGAGUGUCUGCUGAACAAGAACCUGUGUUUGACCGGAGUCUGUCAGAACACACACGGAUCCUUCGUGUGCAAAUGCGACAUCGGCUACUCCGUCAAGCUAGACACCAACAACCCAGGAUGCACAGAUGAUAAUGAAUGUCAGACUGGUGCAGCCACCUGUGACCCAAAUGCAGUUUGCAUCAACACACGGGGAUCAUUCAAGUGUGACUGCCGGCCAGGUUUCAAUGGAGAUGGAUUUACCUGUAGAGAUAUCAACGAGUGUGUACGAGAUAAUGGUGGCUGUGACCGCGAUGCGGCGUGUAUCAACACACCCGGCAGCUUCAGAUGUGUCUGUGAUGAUGGAUUUAGUGGAGACGGCUUCCAUUGUCGAGACGUUGACGAGUGCUCUGUGAACCCCAACUUGUGUGACAAUGGCCAGUGUUUCAAUUUCCCUGGUGGUUUUCGCUGCGAGUGUGACAUGGGUUUUACACCAACUGAAGACGAGAGAGCUUGUGUUGACAUCAAUGAAUGUGAAAUGUUCCACAACCUGUGUGUGAAUGGUCGCUGUGAGAAUGCGUUCGGCUUGUUCCGGUGUAUCUGUAAACAGGGUUACCAGCUGGAUAACACUGGCGGAAACUGCACAGAUAUCAAUGAGUGUCUGAAUCCCGACAACUGUCAGUAUGGAACCUGUAUUAACACAGAGGGUCAGUAUAUCUGUCAGUGCUCACCUGACUAUGAGCUCAACCCAUCGGGCACUGGGUGUGUAGACAAGCGACUGGGCUACUGUUACAUGACUGUCCCCCGGUACAGCACAAGUCGUAUGGCUGUGUGUAGCGACGAGAUCGCCAAUGAUGUGUCACGCGCCACCUGCUGCUGUACCAUCGGAAAAGGAUGGGGAGAGGUGCCCGGGUUCUGUGAGAAAUGUCCACGCAAUGGAACAGGCGAAUAUACCAAUCUGUGUCCCGGAGGUCUUGGAUUCAGACCAAACACCAUCACACUGGUUUUAGAAGAUGUUGAUGAAUGUGCCGAGAUUGACAACAUCUGUGAUGGUGGACGAUGUCAGAACACCUUCGGUAGUUACAUCUGUCUGUGUCCCGAGGGAUACGAACUUGAUCAUGCCAAACACAAGUGUAUUGACAUUGAUGAAUGCCGUGUUGGUCCCAGGAAGUGUGGGGUGGGUCGCUGUGUGAACACCCCUGGCAAUUACACAUGUAUCUGCCCUGAAGGUUAUGAACCAAUGGAUGGUGGCAGAGAUUGUCUCGACAUGAGGAAAGGCAACUGCUACAUGGAGUAUCUGAACAGCACGCGUCCACCGUACGAGAUUAUUUGUGAACAACCUCUCACACGCCAACUCACAAAGAGACAAUGUUGCUGUACAAUCGGUCGGGCGUGGAACGGACCGUGUGAACCGUGUCCCAUUCCAAACACGCGUGACUACAGAGAGUUGUGCUUGGAAGGACCAAUAGACAUCAAUGUGAUCAAUGAAUGUGAAAUAAUCCCUAACAUCUGUGAAAAUGGCCAGUGUAUCGACACCAUAGGUAGUUUCCAGUGUCGCUGUUACCGUGGUUUUACCUACGACAGGAGAACGCACAGGUGUGAAGAUGAAGAUGAAUGCCGCGGUAUUCUGUCUCCGUGUGUGGGAAACGCGGUAUGUGAGAACACGCCAGGUAGUUAUGAGUGCAGCUGUCCCGACGGUUACAAGCUGAAGCCAGAUCGAAGAAGUUGUAACGAUAUUGACGAGUGCCGUGAACUUCCAGGGGUGUGUGCUAAUGGUGAAUGCAUGAAUCUGAUUGGUAGCUUCAGCUGUGUGUGUCGCACUGGCUUCCGGCUUUCUCCUCGCAGGGAUUCAUGUAUUGAUAUUAACGAGUGUGUGUCGCGGCCUGGCCAGUGUCGCAAUGGAACGUGUGAGAACACGAUUGGGAGCUACAGGUGUAACUGUGAUGGUGGAUUCCGACUUACAGAGACUGGCGACUGCUUUGAUAUUGACGAAUGCCGUGCUUUAAUGGGAAUCUGUUUGAAUGGUCGAUGUAUCAACACACAGGGGAGUUUUACCUGCCAGUGUCAGCGUGGGUACACUCUCUCAUCUGACAGGCAGAACUGUAGAGACAUUGACGAAUGUGCAGAGAUUCCUGGGAUAUGUCGUCGAGGGUCGUGCCAGAACUCUGAGGCUUCCUUUAUCUGUACAUGCUUUGAAGGCUACAAACUUUCUAGAAGACGAGACGAAUGUAUAGAUGUGGAUGAGUGUCGGACAGUUGAUGGAGUCUGUUAUAACGGCUACUGUCAAAACACGAUCGGCAGCUACCUGUGUUCCUGUCCGCGAGGAUUCCAGCUCACAAGGGAUGGCAAGGAGUGUCGAGACAUGCGAAAAGCAUUCUGCUACUCGCGGUUUGACAAUGGCCGAUGUCUUGAUCCACGCGGACAGAACACCAGCAAGGCUCAGUGUUGUUGUACUAAAGGCGAGGCAUGGGGCGGGCGUGAGUGUGAAGUCUGUCCACAGCCGGGAGAACCUGGGUUUAAACAUCUCUGUCCAGAAGGCUAUGGCUACAUCAAGGUGAUGCCGGGGGAAGUCAUGUCAGAUGUGAACGAGUGCCUGCUGUUUCCCGGAAUCUGUAAGAACGGAAUCUGUGUCAACACAGACGGGUCAUUCCGGUGUGAGUGUCGCACUGGUUUUAAACUUGACGCCAGCAGAACUAACUGUAUUGACACUGAUGAGUGUGCCACCACUGGGAUGUGUGGAAAUGGAACCUGUACCAACAUGAUGGGGGCGUUCAAGUGUACAUGCAACAUUGGCUUUGAGCCGGGAUCACACGAAACAUGUGAAGACAUCAAUGAGUGUGGCAGUUCGAUAGACACCUGUGCGUUCCGGUGUUUGAACCUACCGGGUUCGUUUCGAUGCGUGUGUCCCAUGGGCUACAGAGUGGCAGAUGAUGGAAUACACUGUGAAGAUAUUGACGAGUGCCUCACCCCGGCUAACAACUGCAAGUACAACUGUAAGAACAUCGUGGGAUCCUUCCUGUGUGUGUGUCCGGAGGGUUACAGACAGGUGGCCGGCGAUGAAUGUGUUGAUAUCGAUGAGUGUCGGACCAUCCAAGGUGUUUGUCAAAAUGGCCGCUGUUACAACACGCGAGGCAGUUACCGGUGUGACUGUCACAGAGACUACGAAAGGAGUGCUGAUGGAAAACAGUGUCUUGAUCGCCGUCAAGACUUUUGCUACUUGCAACUGUUGGGUGGCCGAUGCGUUCGUUCACCAUCGUUGCCACGGACAACAAAAACGGAAUGCUGCUGUUCUCUAGCUGCGGCGUGGGGUUCCCGCUGCGAACGGUGUCCUCCACAGCAUUCAGCUCGCUACAAGGCUCUGUGUCCCCAGGGACCUGGAUACUCACCAGAUGGAAAAGAUAUUGACGAGUGUUUGAGCAUGCCCGAUGCCUGUGAGCACGGCCGCUGUCUGAACACAAUGGGCUCUUAUAGAUGUGUGUGUGACAAGGGCUACAAGACGGACAUUUCUGGCAAGCGAUGUGUUGAUGUUGACGAAUGUCGCCAGACCCCAAAGCCAUGUGAGUUUACCUGUCAGAACACUCAGGGGAGCUAUGUGUGCACCUGUCCUCGUGGCUAUGUCCUGAAUUCAGAUGGCAGAACGUGCAGAGACCUUGACGAGUGCAUAAUGAUGCAGCACAACUGCCGCGACCAGUGUAUCAACACCCCGGGCAGCUUCAUGUGCGGCUGUCCCGACGGGUAUCGCCGCAGAAACGAUGGACGCUGUGAAGAUAUUGAUGAAUGUGCCGAGACCCCAAACCUGUGUGGACCUGUGGGCACCUGCCACAACACACAGGGCAGCUACAAGUGUGUGUGUCCACGUGGGUACCGGCCAGACAAGUCGGGCAAGAAGUGCAUUGAUGAAGAUGAAUGUAAGGAUGGCCAGUGUGCUGGAGAGUGUGAGAAUAUCCCAGGAAGCUAUCGGUGUGAGUGUCCGCCGGGAUUCGUACAGCAUUACACCGGAGAGUGUAUUGAUGAAAACGAGUGUUUAGACCAGUACAUCUGUGGCUUAGCUUUAUGCGUCAACGUACAGGGCUCAUUUGAGUGUGAGUGCAGUGGUGGCCAGACUUAUGACCAGGACUUGUAUAUGUGUAUUGACCCAAAUGCUUGUGGUGGGAAUCCUUGCGUUUUUGGAUGUUCUCCAACCACCUCCGGUUUCAGCUGUGGUUGUCCUCCUGGAUAUCAGCCCAUAGGUCAAGGCCACUGUAUUUCUACCAAAGCUCCCUCUGGUGGAAGCACACAGUACCCUAAGGGUGUACAACUCCCUCACGAGGCGGGGCCGGAAGGUGGGGAACUGCCUGCGGGAGAAGGUUGUUACCAGUGUGACCACGACUUUGGCGAAAUCCCGCUCACAAAGCGGAACAAGCGAAGUCUCAGUGUCUCGACAGAGGAAGACAAAAUCCUCGACCAGCACAGAGAGGUUUUUGAGUUGAAAGGCGAUGUUCAAGACCACACCGAUGAGACUGAGGAGGAUGAUGAAAAAGAGGAAGAUAUUGAGAUCAUGAUUGAAGUGUUUGAGAAAAGAAAAGUGGAGAUGGAAGAAGAAGCCAAGUUGAGGAAUAAGAGAGAUGCAAGCCGUGUUAAACCUAAAAAGCAUAAGCAUAUUCCAUCACAAAAUGGUAGCAUAUCAUCGAGCGAGAACCAUUCCAAGAGUAGACCUGUGGUGAUCCACCUCAAGCGGAAGCAGACGCGACCCAAGUCCCGCGUGGUGAAGGUGCUGCCGGCCCUCAGAGUCCUCAGAAACAAUGUCCACUACGCCAUCGUCAGUGGAAACGAUGCCGGGCUCUUUUCCAUGCACAGGAGAAAGGGCAUAAGCUCUCUACACUUCACUCACAAAGUACACGAGAAGAACGUUUAUAGACUAGACAUAGAGUGCAGUCCCAUCCAUUCAGACGAGCUAGUCGGCGGUAAACCCGUCCAUCUGGAAGCCUAUAUCAUACCGUUAGAGAUUCAUAUAAUAUGAGAACGUAUUGCAUGUCGGUGAUAUAUUACUGUAACUGUCUCUCGAUGGUAGUGAGAAACAUGUUUUCAAGGAUUAGUCUUUAUUUGCUGAAGUGCUAUUGUCUGAAAGUGUCUGUAAAAGUUUAUCUGUUGUUGUUGUUUAGAGUUAUCUGCCUUUUGCAGACUGCAUGGCAAGUUUGAAAUGAAAAUGAAAAGAAAAAAGAAGCACCAAAAAUUGAUUAAACUGAAAUUGACUGAAAACAUGAGUAGAUAGAAAGUUGUAGAAGAGGAAUACGUUUAUGUCUAGUAAAUAUGCAUGAUGUGGAGAUUACAUUAAAAGAAUGAUGUUAUGGUCAGUGUUCAGGGUUCGUAGUGCUCUUUAAAUUCCUUCAAAGUCUUUGAAUUUGAAAAAAAUGAUUUUUAGGUCUUUGAAAGUCUUUGAAUUGUAAUAAGUCUUUAAAUUCUCACAAAUCAUAGCCAAAGCAAGGAUGAUAUCUCUUACAGCUGCAUGCACUUGAUAUUUUACAGUUACAAGGUUUAAUUGUCAUGAUGCAUGUAAAACAGCUCAAUUUUUUGACAUGGACAGCAACAUAAACAAACUGAUUUGGUAUUUUUAUCGCAUUCUAUUGUUUUUGACCGCUGUGUAAAAGUCUUUGGAAGUCAUUGAAAAUGGCAGGUAAAAGUUCUUUGAAUUUGUUUGGUCUUUAAGGCUAUGAGCCCUGAUGUUGGACGUGACCGUCUCCUGAUAUUCGUUAAAAAAUUUAAGUAGAAAUAAUGUAGUGCUCUUCAGAUAAGAUUGCACACUUUAUUUGAAAUGAAUGAUUGACUAAACAACACGCCAGUGCAUUUGGGGUUUUUAAUUCAUUUAAAUUGAAAGUAAAUAAUGGCAACACUAAAUUAUAAGGUCAUUACUAGGCCUACUUUUAUGUAUAAAAAAAAACCCACAUCCGUAGCAACUGGAUACAAAAAUUCAUUGAUGAAUUUGUGAAUGCUAUGCAUUUGGUGGACAUAGAUUUACAAUACAUAUGUAUUAUAUUAUGGAGAAAUUAAUUAAAUGAACUUAUCAUGAUCAAUUUUGUCUCCAAAGAUUCCAUCGAUGUUUCACUCUCAAAUCAGGUUCAUUUAUUUUUUCAACACCACUAGAGCACAUUGAUUAAUUAAUCAUAGGCUAUUGGAUGUCAAACAUUUGGUAAUUCUGACACAGUCAUAUUUCUUUUGAAGUAUAAAUAAAGAAGAUUUUUGGAAUAGGGUAUUUUUGAUAGCCUCAUCCUUUAGAUACUAGUGCAUGGUAUGUUGCUUAUUUAGCAACUGUGCCAACGAUUAUCUGUACCAACCUGGACUAAUUCUGGCAUUAGGAUAAGCACAAAACUUCUGAAACUUGUUUGGAAUAGCAAUAUUUUCAACUCUUGAUUAUGUGUAUGUAAUUUCUGAAUUAUUCAUCUGGCACUCCAUACUCUAAACAUUUUAUCAGAAGAUAAUUGUUAAUUUCCAUUCUCUAAACUUUAAAGGCGCACACUCUAGUUUUAAUCCGUAAAAAAAAAAUGGACACUAAGUUUAGUUAAUUGACAAACCUGUAACUCACUUGGAUAAAGUUACAAUAGAGUGAAAGAAAAGUCUGUGACAUUAAAACGGGAAAUAGCCUUAAAAAUAGACUA